AUGGGUAGGAAGACAUCAACGGCUAUGAUGCGAAUUGCGAUCGCAGGUGCUGGGGGCUUUGCAGCCCUUCUAAUCCGGGAGUUGUCUCGGACUGCCUAUGCCAUACUCGUGCUCUCAACGAAGGACCACCCGGAAUUAGAAUCUAAUUUCGACUGUCAGGUAGCCAUAGUCAACUAUUCAAACCUUGACGAUCUCCAGUUCGCCCUUCAGGGCGUUGACCUUGUGAUAUCUACCAUCCCCGGUGCAGAGCAACUAAACCUCAUCGAUGCGGCUCGACGAGCUGGCGUACGCUGCUUCGUGCCUUCGGAGUUCGAAGGCUCCGUAAGCCAUAGACCAGCCAUAGGAACUGACCCUUUUGACAAUGGCUCUUCGACGGCCUUGGAACAACUUCGACACUGGUCCCAGUCGAGACACUAUUCGAUGAAAUACACCGUUUUCUCAUGCGGCAUCUUCUACGAACGCUUUGCUCCUGGCGGCCUCCAAGCAUACAACAUGGGCGUCAGCUGUCAGAUCCGAAACCAGGGAGACUACAUGAUCGAUGUAGGCCUUGGAACUGCCGAAAUUCCGGAAACGGACUCCCGGGGCCGCCCAGUAUACGUUGUAAUGACAUCGGCACUUGACGUAGCACGAUUCGUCGCCGCUGCCGUUGAGCUGGGAAUCGACAAUUGGCCGCGAGAGUUCAGAAUGCGCGGUUCUCGUUUGACAACUCAAAGACUUCAAGAGAUUUGCAGCGAAGUCCGAGGAGUCGCUUUCAACGUUAUCAGGAGGCCGUACGAAGAAAUCGUGCAAUGGCUUCGCUACUACGAGCAGAACCGGGACGAAGUUAAAUGGUGCACGAUGCAGCAUCUUCUACAGACUGCGGAUGGCCGAUACACAUUUGGAGAAACGAACUUGAACGAAUCGGUGGACAUACAGCCAACAAGCUUUCGACAGUGGCUAUACGACACCUGGGGUCCGGCAUAG